AUGAAGUGCAAGAGCCUCAAAGGGGGAGGAUGCACAGAGCCGACCUACAGUCACCCUGAAGAUGAAACUUCCUACUUAUAUUCAGAUGAAGAAGAGCUUUAUGAAGAGGAGAGUCGAGCCAACGAUUGCGAGAAUGGCUACUACGACCAGAUAGCCUUGCUCUGCUGGCCCGAGUUCCAUGCUACCAUCACGGCUACAGCAGAGGAUAGCCGUUGCCUCUGGGAAACAAUUGGCAGCAUGUACAGUGAGCUUGCCAUCUGUGCCGGGCUGCUGGCCCAAAGCAUGGGCUGCCCUCUGUCCAGCCCCACCCUGGACGCCUUCUUCGUCAGUAUCCACACGGAGUACUUUGCCAGCUGCACGCUGCCCAUCGAUGCCCCGGACCACCAGCUGACGACAGGAACCAUCAUAGCCUUGUCCGCCCUGCCGGUCUGCCUGGUGCCCCUUUCUGUCGCCCUCACCCUUCGCAGGGCAUGAAGGCCUGGUCCCGCCCCACUGAUC